AUGGCCCUCCGCCGACAGAGCCUGUCCCCGACAGCGAACCUGCUGCGCAACUCGCGCCUCUUCUCGUUGCCGAACCCCCUGCCCCGACCGGUCGUGGGCGAGACGUCCGGAGCCGGCGUCACCAAGGCCUCAGACUCGGCGACACUGCCGUACCCGACCCAUCAGGCCAUCGCGACCACAAAGAGCUCGCUCGCUCGCGGAGACUGGGGCCUGAAGCGCAACUUGCCUGCGCGGUCGCAUCUGCUGCAGACGAGCGACCCCGUGCUGCGCAUCACCCAGCUGGACACCAUCGAGAACGUCACCGACUUCGACUCGGCGGCCGACCAUGUGCGCACACGGCAGAAGUGGGAGCAGAUGGGCGUGCCCAUGAUGAAGGGCAUGGGCCAGCUGCGCAAAACCGGCCUGACCGACGCACCGCCUGCCGGCGCGUUCGAGCGUCGCGACGACACCACCUCGUACGACACUGCCCUGGGCCUGGACGAGAACGGGCUGUUCCUGGAGGCGCUGAAGGACAACAAGAGGGCGAGGGAGAAGGCAGAAAAGCACAGUGGCCGCGCAGAGCAGUUCGCGCCCUUCAAGCCGCCACCCGUCGACGCCGAAGUCCACAACGCCCGCCGCUGGAAGCACGAUGGCCCCUGGCUGCCCGGCCAGAGCGCCGACGAAUUCAUGGCAUACAUGUCCAAGGAGAUUGGCAAGCGCCAGGCCAGGUUCAACGAGUACCUCAUCGAGUUUGUCAAGAACGAAAUCUACACCACCCGCCAGCUCGCCGCCUCCACCUCGGGCGAACUUCCCCCCAUCGACCCCUCCGAAGCCCAGGCAUGGCAGGCUGCGCGCGAGAAAGAGCGGUCGAGCAUCUCGCAGGACGACAUCAACGCGGGCAUCAAGGCGCUGCGCAAGGAGACGGCGAACAACCCGCUCGGCUCCAAGCUCGUCACGAAGCUGAUCAUGCCCUUCCUGCGCCUCCCCGCAAUCCGCUUCAAGUACAAGGCCUACGACCAAGACGCCUCCAACCGCGAUUUCGACCAGUACCAGUUCGACCAGGAAAGCGCCCCGCUCUCCACCCACCCGUCCGCCGGUCUCGGCUACCUCAAGACAAAGUCCUACCUCGCCACCCACCCCAUCCUCGGCCCGCAAGCCAGCCCAACACCCGUCCCCUCACGCGUCAUCCAGGCCCGCACUCUGCCCACAACAAAGGAGCCCUAUGCACGCUUGGGUGUCGCUGGUUUCGUGGCCAACGACCAGUACCGCGCGACCGACAACAACUCUGCCGGCAGGGGCAGCUUCAACAACGUGCGCGACGUCGAAACCAUCGACAUCGACACACCGGGCGGCAAGAAGAUCCUCGUCAACCCGCAGUUCGGUUCCGUAUCCAACGACGGAAGGAUCCAUAUCAAGGUGAAGCGCUCCACCGGGCCUGAAAUCGCAGUCGCGAGAGGCGAGCUGGAGGACAGGCCGCCCAGUGGUGUGAAGGAGUUGGAUGAGUUGAGUGCGGCUGGCAGGAGGGGCCAGGAUGAUGGUGCAAAGGAGCUUGACGAAAUGAGUCUGCAAGGGAAGGCAUUCGCAGAUUUCAUUCAGAGCCCAGCGAGAGGGCAGCCUGGGCCGGGGUUCCCGGGGGUUGCGCCUGCGUUGAGACCGUCUGAGUAGAGAUGUAGUAGUAUAUGAUGUAAACCGUGUAUUGUAGUAGAAUGUAUAUCCAGUUCGCUUCAGGUUCGU